AUGGGUAACUAUAAGGCUUUGGCAGCUCUAUUGAGCUUCCUACCACAUGUUGCUCAAUCGCAUCCUUGCGACACUCCUUAUCCUCCGGCUACAUCGCCACUGCAGACCAGACAAUUCUCCAACAGCCUUGGCGCCGUUGCCAGCGAGAGUUCGAUAUGCAGCACCAUUGGUGUCAACAUCCUGCGCCAGGGCGGUAACGCUGCUGAUGCGAUGGUUGCGACUGUCCUGUGCGUUGGUACAAUUGGCAUGUAUCAUUCUGGUAUCGGUGGAGGCGGUUUUAUGCUCAUCCACAAGGGCGAUGGUAAGAAUCAGACCGCGCCAUAUGAGUUCGUCGAUUUUCGUGAGACCGCCCCUGCAGCUGCUACGCAGGAUAUGUUCAAGAACAAUGUCAACGAGAGCAUAUCUGGAGGCAAAGCAAGUGGCGUACCGGGCGAGUUACGUGGUCUCGAACACCUACACAAGACCUACGGGCAUUUACCUUGGUCGCAGCUCGUGCAGCCUGCUAUCAAAGUCGCACGCUAUGGAUUCCCCGUCAACAACGAUACUCUGAAGUUCAUGAAGAUGACGUACAAAAAGUCCGAGAAUGAAAGCUUCCUUCUCAAUGACCCGUCGUGGGCCAUUGAUUUCGCUCCUUCUGGGAGAUUGGUCAAGUUUGGCGAGAAGCUCACUCGCAAGCGAUAUGCGGACACUUUGGAGGCUAUCGCUUCUGAAGGCCCUAGCGCUUUCUACGAGGGCCCUAUUGCCGAUGCGACUAUCAGGACUUUGAAACAGGAACGAGGUAUCAUGACGAGUGAAGAUCUAAAGAACUACACUGUCGCCAUCCGUGAGCCUGUGCAGAUCAACUACAGAGGUGGAAAGAUCACGAGUGGUUCCGCCCCUUCGAGUGGCGCGGUAGCUCUAGCUGCGCUGAAUAUCCUGGAUGGCUAUGAUUUCUUGGGCGAUCCGAGCCGAGUCAACGACACCACUUAUCUUACCGAUGAGGCUUUCAAGUUCGGCUAUGGAAUGCGUAGCAAUCUAGGCGAUCCGAGCUAUGUCAAGAACCUAGACGAGUACCAGGUUCAGAUGUGCUCCAAUAAGACGGCGCAGGAAGUUCGCGCCAAACUCGAUGGUCGAGCUCUAGACCUCAGCGAGUACGAUCCUAAGGGCCUUGAAAGCUUGGAUACCCCUGGAACGUCGCAUAUCGUCACCAUGGACCAGUCUGGUCUCGCCAUAACGCUCACAACCACAAUCAACCUCAACUUUGGCUCACAGGUCAUCGUCCCCGAAACCGGAAUCAUUAUGAACAACGAGAUGAACGACUUCAGCAUCCCCGGCGAAUCGAACCAAUUUGGCUUCAUUCCCAGCGAAGCUAACUUCAUCCGUCCCGGAAAACGACCUCUUUCUAGUAUAUCCACCACUAUUGUCGAAGGACCCGAUGGGAAGGUCUCGUUGGUCACGGGUGCUGCCGGUGGAAGUCGUAUCAUCACUGCCACAGCUCAGGUUAUACUGAAUGCACUGGAUAAGAACAUGACUGUGAAGGAAGCACUUGCUGCUCCUCGACUGCACGAUCAACUCGUCCCGCGACAGGUUACGUUCGAAUACAAGUUCGACAACUCGACGGUUGCUUAUCUGAAGGAGAUUGGGAAUAACGUCACUUGGGUGGCACCGGGACAGAGCACUGCUCAUGCUUUGAGGAGGUUGACGGAUGGAAGAUUCGAGGCAGGAGGUGAACCUCGCCAGGCUAACUCUGGAGGUUUCUCGACUUGA